AUGGAAUAUAAACGUUUGCUUGAUAUUUGUGAAUAAUUACUUAAACAUUCAGGUAGUAUUUCUUAUGAUAAUGAUUGAUAGCAUUACCUUUGGAUAUGUUAGAAAAAUAUUAUUUACUUAAAGAAAAGACAUUGUCUAAUGUUAUAGUUAAUCCUUAAGCAAAUUAAAAUGCUUUGGUUGUUAAGAUCAUUCAAUUAUUUGCUUAAUGUUUUAAUUAGAUGCUUACACAAAGAGAUAUUAAUAUAACUAAUACAGAAACAACAAUCAACCAUUUAUUAGUAAGAUUAUACUUAAUUUUAAUAAAGGAUACUUACAAUGCGAAUGAUUUAAGAUCUGAAUUUUCUACAACAUUCCAAGUAUAUAUAGCAUAUUUGAAUUCAUAGUUAUUAUUAUAAAUAAAUAGUGAUAGAAAGGAAUUGGAUGCCACAGUCACAUUUUUAUAAAAUGAGAUAAGGAAAAUUAAAUUAGAGUUGAAUAUGUCAAAUUCUAGAUUAGAUCAAUAAAAGAAAUUGACAAAUUCAGAGGAUAAAGAGAAAAGUUUAAAAGUAUAAAGAAAUUUAAAUUCUAUAGUUAUAGAGAUAAAUAGAUGAGUUAAAGGAUGAAUUAUAAACAAAAAUAGAAGAACAUGAAGAAUAAGUUCAUUAAUUAUAAUUUAAAUAUGAUGAAUAAAUAAAAGCAUUAAUGAAAAAGAAUAAGGAUACAUUUUAAUCAGAAUCUAAAUAUUAAUAAUUAGAAAAAGAAUAGAAAUAAUAUGAAGAAUUUUUUGAUAAAUUUGCUGAAAUGUCUUUACCAUAUUUAGAAAAAUAUGAAAGAGAUUUUGAAAAAUAAUAAGCUAAAUCUAAAAAAUAUUCAGAAUAAAAUAUUAGUGAAAAUGAAAUACUCUUAGAUUUUCUGUUCUAUUUACUCUAGAAAUAUGUUCCAUUAUAAGAAGAUAUGAGGGAAGUUAGAAAAAGUAGUGCUAAAAAAAGUAAUCAAGCAAGUCCAAAGGUAUCAAGAGAGAGCAAUAAAGGAGAAUCAUCUGCAACAAGAGAUUUACAUUUUGAAUAAUACAAGGUUUAAAAUAAUAAUCAGAUUGAUGAUACAGUUAAUAAAUUAAAAUAAGAGUUGGAAUAAUCAAGAAAAACACUUGAGAAAUAUGAAUUAAGUCGAAAUAAAUUAUAGGUAAUAUUAAUAAAUAAUAAAUUAGAAUUAAAUAUCGUGA